GUUGUGCGCCUGGGAUGUGGCUUCCAACCCAAGGAGUCGGGGCACUGCCUUCAUUGGACCCAGGAGGUGCCCGAAGCCAGGAUCGGCGUGGAAGUUGCGGGAAGCAUCGAGGCAGCCGCUGUCAGCGCGCCACUGCUCUGCCGUGGAGCCUCCUUUGGUCCAUCGCUUCGACGCAUUGGCACGCGGAGCCGCCAUCACAGCUGGGGCUUCACCGAUCCAGAGGGACUGUGUCGUCAUGCAGAUGCCAGUGGUCAAGUCUCCGGAUCGGUUCUCUUCGCAUCUCCCGCAGAUGUUUGUGACGUUUGGUGGCGCGAGGUUUCAGAGGAUGUCAUACCACCCACGCCGGAGUUGACCAUGCCUUUGUGGGAGGACGGCGAGGCCCUGACGACCGAGGCUGGAGACAAGCUUGGGCUUUGCCGUAUUGUGGGCACCGGCGAGGAUGGUCGGCCGCUUUUGGGUACGAUCGUGCUGGAAGGCCCUGAUAUGGGAAUUUGCCACUUCGUCACUCCAUCUGGUGAAGCCAAGGAGCUGGUGGGUGGCCUUUUCCAUGUCCUUCAGGCUCGCCCAAGUGGAGUGGCACCAAAGUGUGCCGAGGGUGCAGUUCCCGCGGACCUUCUGUGGCGGGUGGAGCGCUUCCUGACCGCCGCGGACCGCGCGCUCCUCACGCGCGUGGUGCAGGAUGCAGGCACAGCUGAAGGCGACGUUUUCGCACAGCUCGUGGAGGGACUGCAGAAGCUGGGUGGCUGCGAGCUGAACGAGGUCCUCUCCGCAUCGCGUUUCGUGCCGCACCCGCUCAAUGCCCUGGGCCUCCAUCUGCUGCGCAGCUUACUCGCUGAGCGCAUGGCAGAUGCCAGGGCUAGAGACCGAGGCUAUGACAAGCAUCCUGACUAUCCGACAUGGUCACGCCAGGGCUUGCUCAUGAAGGACCUGGACGAUCCAAAGCUGGGCGGCGACAAGGGUGUGCAGCAGCUGCUUCGCAUGGUUUCCGGCGAGGAGUCUGAAGGCAUACCGGAGCUGCCCCUCCGGUGGCAAGCGCGGAAUGUCACCGUCCAGGAGACACCAGAUCCGCAGAGCCAGCUGCACAUUGACACGUUCGCACCGAUCGUGAAGGUCUGGGUCUUCCAAGAUCCUCCUGGGGUGAGCUUGGAGGAGGGUCCGCUCCUUUUUUCACAGCGGAGCCACCGGAACUCCGAGGCCAAACUCCGGUGGAUGCAUGCUUACGCGCAAGAGCCAGCAUCUGAGGCGAGGGCCGAGCCGUCCUUUCGCCUGCGGGGCUGCGCAGCAGCGGCCAAAGCUGCCGCAGACUUCGUGCAGGCCGUGGAAGGCCAUUUGGUCCUGGAGGCAGCCGCUGCAGCGCAGCCGGUGCUGCCCCUGCCGGGUGUGCGCCGGACGCUCGUUCUGGCAGACACCAGUGCGCUGCACGCGCGAGGUACCGGAGUGCCGGGUCGAGUUCGCUCUUCCUGGCGCCAGGCGGGCGACAACGACGGUGGCCUCAAGCGGCUGAAUCCGUACCGUUGGACGGAGGCCAAGCCAGAGCUUUGA